CAGAGCGCAUUCGUAGAGCACAACAAACGUUUGAGCGUGUUUCCUCGUCGGAGUGUUUUUGAUGUUUCAUUUAAUUUUUUCUCGUCUUGUCAAACUUAUUUUGUUUUGAAAUUUAUUUUUACUUGUGCUUUGUGGCCAGUUCUGAGUGCAGAGGAAAGUAGCAAGUAACGGACCGGGCGCCACAGACCGAGGGCCAGGCGAAUUGAGGUUGUGCGGACGCUUUUCUCACACAAAUUUCGGAUAAAACUUGUCGACGGCGAAGGGGACUUGGACGACGUCGCCUGCGGGACUCCGGGCAAGCCAGAACCCAGAAGAACUUUGGCUGGUCGCGAAACUUCGAGGCGCUUAUCGGGGUGAUUGGAUGAAAAUAUGAAUUCGAUGUCGAAUGUGGAGAACUUGUCGCCGCAGACGAUUCGGCAGGUGAUCCGCGAGGUGCACGAACUGGUGGACAGCCCGUUAGAGGGGAUCAAAAUUCAAAUCAACGACGCGGACGUAACGGACAUUCAGGCGUUGAUCGAGGGCCCUGCUGGUACACCCUACUCUGGUGGUAUAUUUCGUGUUAAAUUAUUGCUCGGCAAGGAUUUCCCACAAACGCCACCAAAGGCAUUCUUCCUUACAAAGAUUUUUCAUCCAAAUGUUGCGACAAAUGGGGAAAUUUGCGUAAAUACAUUGAAAAAAGAUUGGAAACCAGAUCUCGGAAUUAAACAUAUACUUUUAACUAUAAAAUGUUUAUUAAUUGUACCAAAUGCCGAAUCGGCGCUCAACGAAGAGGCUGGAAAGAUGUUGUUAGAACGUUACGAUGACUAUUCGCAGCGAGCGAAAAUGCUGACGGAAAUUCAUGCACAGCCAAUCAAAAGUACAGAAACACUGGAUAACGACGAUGGUGGACCGUUGUCGAAAAAGCACGCAGUCGAUAAGAAAUUGCAGGACAAGAAGAAGGAAAAAUUAAUAAAAGAAAAGAAACGAAUCCUGAAACGAUUAUGAAGUCCAACGUAACAAUAGCAAGAGCAGCAGCAGCAAACAAAUUUCUCGUUCUAUUUUAUCUUUCGCUUUCGGAUCUUUACGUUUCUUUCCUUCAUCUUCGCCGUUUCGUGGAAGUGUUGCGCAAUUAAUGCAGUAUCAUUGCCUGCCUCGAUGGGAGAGUAUUUUUUUUAUUUGUCGUAUUUUUUCAACGUAUAUUCUAUUUCGCCCGUUUGCCUUUCCCGAUUUUAGAUUAUUCAUAUUUUAUUAUAAACGAUUUGUUAUUUUGUUUUAUAUUUUGUCAUUUAGAGUUUUAAUUAAUAUUAAUAUAAUUUAUAUGAGUCAUCGUAAUUUAAAGAAAUCAUGAAUUUCGUCAUCUAACAAAACCGUAGUCUCGAGUUUUAUGGAAUGUAUGAAAACGGAUUUAGAGUGUAAAUUUUAAAAUGAGAACGUUGAUGUAGCACAGAUUCAGUUUCUGAGAAUCCACUAUUUUACGCUAGACAUGAAGUAUUAAUAAAUUAUUGUCAGAAUUGGAGAUGAACGUUUUGGCAUCUUUGCUGUUUCGAAAACAGGAGACACAUUUGUAUUGCACAACGCACAUUUUCCACGUAUUAUCGGCUAAUUUCGGUGUCCAUUAAAAGCUUCUUCCAGCUGCCAAUCAGGCACCUGGUGACAAUGUUACGGUUCCAACAAAUAACACUAAUUUUCUUGAAAAAUUUCCAAACCAUUUCAAAUAUCGCUCAGUCUGCUUCUUUAUAACGAGAACCAUAAAGUGUCUGCGCUGUAUGCCCAAGCAAAAAGAACCUCCACGUCUUGGGUUCAUAGGUUCAUAUUGAUUUGAUUGUACCUCAUCUGUACAUUAGUUAGUUUUAAAUAAGUUUAUUUUUCGUGCAAUUUAUAAAUCCACAUUGUGAAGGUUUCAUGCAAUCUCCAUUAUUGACAUUUAUGUGAUCAUGAAGACAUGGCUCCACGGCGCGAAGGUUUCUUCAUAAAUUAUGAGAAGGAGAAAUUUCAAAUUUCCAACACUGUUUUGUGCAGAAAAAUGUUCCAAACAAAGUUCUUCGAAAAUAGAAGAUUGCAAAAUUGGAAACACUUGAAGGUCCUGCAACUUACUACAUUCGGCAUUGUCACUUAUAAUUUGCAGCAAUAGUUAUUAAGCCGAAACAGGAGCAAAUCAAUCAAGUUUGAACGUAAGCUGGAUUUGCUAUGGAUUUUAUUCUUAAUAUUGCACUUGAGAAAGGUGGAUUUCUUUUUUGGUUUGUACAACAUAUCUUAAAUGCAGCUGCCUUAAGAGAACACAAGAUAUAAGUUGACCAAUUGCAGGACACAUGAUUGCCUCUCAGUAUAUUGUAGUACCUUCCUCAAGCUCUUGCAUUUUCAAGAUUGCAUUUUGAAUGGAUUCGUUUCAAUAGUUUUUCUAUAAUAUUUAUAGUUUAUUAAAAAUCGAAUGAAAAAAACACAUUGUAAUUCUACAGAGAGAACAUUAUGGACGGUAACAAAAACAGUUUGAGCAGAAAGAAGAAAAUAAAGGUAGAAAUUGAAAAUUA